AUGGAGGCAAGCAUUUCGUCGCGUAACCUUCCGAUUUUACAGCAACUGUUCAUCAGAAGGCACCCCCGGCCGAUCCGAUCCACCGGAUCGGCCGCCAAACUGCAUAUUUCCACGGUGGUGCAAGAAGUGAAGCCGGCCAACAAGAUGAUCUGCUGCGGUGGUACCGAGGAGGAUACGUACGCCGCCCCUGCAAGCCGUCACCCAGCAGCACCUAGGAGUACGUCGCAAUACAACGCAGGCCGCGGCAAACCAAGAGGGCCUAAUGCGCCGAGGAGUAGUGGGCUGCCGAAGGUCCUCCCCAUCGAUGUGCCGGCAAUUUCCAUGGGCGAGCUGAACAACAUCACGGGGAACUUCGGGCAGAAUGCCCUGAUCGGAGAAGGCUCCUACGGCAAAAUCUACCACGCCGUGCUGACCUCCGGGGAGCCCGUCGCCAUCAAGAAGCUCGAUCCCAGCGUGUCCAGCGACUCCGUGGCAGACUUCUCUGCUCAGCUGUCGAUGGUCUCGAGGCUGAAGAACGAGUACUUCCUGCAGCUGAUGGGCUACUACCUGGACGACAGCCACAGGAUCCUCGUCUACCAGUUCGCCUCACACGGCUCGCUGCACGACACGCUGCACGGUAGUACACUUUUAUCAGGAUUAUUCGCAAAUGCUAUGGCAUGUGAUCUGUACGCGAUGACUGGAGUGUUGACGCACAAGAGCGACGUGUACAGCUUUGGAGUGAUACUGCUGGAGCUGCUAACCGGCAGGAAGCCCGUGGACCACACCAUGCCUAAGGGACAGCAAAGUCUGGUGACAUGGGCCACGCCGAGGUUGAGCGAGGACAAGGUCAGCCAAUGCGUGGACCCGAAGCUGGGGGACGACUAUCCCCCAAAAGCCGUAGCAAAGAUGGCGGCCGUGGCGGCGUUGUGUGUGCAAUACGAGUCCGAUUUCCGGCCGAACAUGACCAUCGUGGUGAAGGCGCUUCAGCCUCUUGUGAAGGCCGCCGCAGCCACAGCUGGGGGGGCCUAG